CCGUUGGGUUGUUCCGGUAGAAAGCCGCUUCUUUUCUUCUGCUAGUUUGUUUAGGUGCUGAAAAGACAUUUUAUUCUAAGAAGUCGGCAGUAAAGACGUAGAUUUCAAAAGUAUUUUACCCUCACUAUGUUCUUGAGGUGAAGAAUUUCAUAUGGUUCAUUCUUCUUGCGUAGGUGACAGCAGUGUUUCUUUGUGACUCUGAAAGUUGGGACCUUCGUUUUUCAAAAUGUCUGUCUGUACUCUGGUGACAUCAAGUACAGCCAAUCUUAAAAGUGUUCUUUUCAGUCAAUGUAACAGACCAUUAACUUUAGGUUUGCUGAAAGUUCAUCUGUCUUCAGACGCAAUCAACGUUCACAGACAACUGUUGAUCCGGCAGCUGUUAGUCAUCAUGGUAAACUCGCAGAUGAUUGGUGGGACAGAUCAGGAUUUUUGAAAGCACUACAUUCCAUGAAUUCCCUUAGAGUCCCCCUGAUUCGAGAUGGAUUGUUCCAGACAGGUGCUGCUGAUUCACAUAAGAAAAACACUCCAAGACCUCUUGAGGGUCUUCAAAUUGUUGAUGUUGGAUGCGGAGGAGGAUUACUUUCUGAGCCUCUCGCCAGACUAGGCGCGUCAGUAACUGGCAUUGAUGCAAGCGCUGAUUUGAUUGAAGUGGCACAGCGCCAUGCAAAAUUGGAUCCAGCCUUGGGUAGUCGACUUAAUUAUAUUCAUACGGCUGCAGAAACACAUGUCUGUGAAGCGCCUGAAAAGUACGACGCUGUUGUGUCAUCAGAAGUCAUUGAACAUAUUCAUGACAAAAACUUUUUUCUCGAGCAAUGUGUCAAACUAUUAAAGCCUAAGGGUUCUAUCUUUCUUACAACUUUGAAUCGCACAACGGAGUCAUGGCUAGGUGGAAUUGUCGCAGCAGAGCAUUUGCUGAACCUAGUUCCCAAGGGCACUCACCAAUGGGAGUUGUUUAUUCAACCUGUAGAGCUUCAAGACAUUCUUGAAAAAUGUGGAUGCUCAACCAAGCUUAUCCAUGGGAUGUGCUACAACCCCUUAACUGAUGAGUGGAAGUGGUCUAAGAAUGUCAAAAUUAAUUAUGCGCUUCACGCUGUGAAGGCAGAAUCAAAUUAACUAGUUGUAUUAUUACAUUGUCAUCUCUGAUCUUGUUUAAAGUAUGAUAUAGACUGUAAAAUUUUGAGGCAAGGAUUCUUUGUAAUUACUAUAUAAAUUUGUUGAUUGGUUGCUGCAACCAAGCAACUCUUCCCUGCA